UCGCGUCGCGCGCUCAUGUCGGAGCGGUAUGCGCUGGCAGCGAGCGCGCCGCCAACAUCCCGCCGACACCGCGCGGCAGUCAGUUCGGCGCCGACACCCAUCCCGCGCACACGUCCGCAAGCCAUGGCCGCCGCGACCACGCACUCGGCCCCCGCUCCCUCCGAGCGCCGCUCCGACACCCGUGCCGGCUCCCGCCGCAUCUUCCCACCGCAGUUCAAACUCCAAGUUCUCGACGCCUACAGGCGCGAUACUCAAUGCCGAGGAAACCAACGUGCCACUGCCAGAAAGUUUGGAAUUCAUCGCCGCCAAAUACAGAAGUGGCUGCAAGCCGAACCAGCUCUCCGAGCCGCGCUGCUCAGGCGAGCGCCGCAGCCGGCCCCGUCGCCUCCGCCUUACUCCGUCGGCUCCCCGGAGAGCGCUCGGCUGCCGUCGCCCCCGCCGGCGUCGGCCAGCUUGCCCACGGCGGUCGCAGUGCCCACGCCGCUGCCGGCGCCGAUCCCAGUGAUACCGCCUACGACGGAACCCAUAGACUUGUCGAUGCGACGCCUGUCCGCCGCCCCCGUGUCCGUGCUGUCGUACGCGCCGUCGAGCGUCCCCGAGCAGCCGCAGCCCCGCAAGCCGUUCAAGCUGUUCAGGCCGUACCUGCUGGACGAGGAGGAGGAGAAGCGGCCGUCGCUGGCCGCGCUGCCGGUGUCGCACGGCGUGCACGUGUCCGCGUUCGUGCCCGUGCAGAGCGCGGCGGGCUGCGCGCUGGCCGCGUGCGGCGCGCCGCGCUGGUGCCCGCCCGCGCCGUCCUUCUCGGCCCCGCUGAGAUGAGAAGACGCCACCGGGGCCGUUCCCUCGUUCUGUGAUCUAGUCGUCGACGCCCGCUCGGCGCCGCCCGGGGCGUAGCCCUCCAACACCGUGCCUUAACGUACACGUCGCCAUAGUGCAUUAUGCCGUCAUUAGGAAAUGACGAUCUAUUUUUGAGUAUAAUUAAUUAUAAGAAUAAGAAUGUAUUUUUAUAUGUGGGGUUUAUAAAGCGUACCUACAUUUAUGCAGAUUAUAAUGAUAUAACAAUUAUUAUUAUUAUAUUAAUAAAGAGAGUUGUUUACUAA